AUCUACACAUCAUCUGACAGGUAAAUUGUAUGUUGUAAUAUGUAAAAGUGAUCUGUACAUGAACAUUAUACAAACGCUUGUUAUGCCUACUGUAGGCUACUGUAUGUGUCAUUCUCUUCGAUUCCAGCGCAGUGUUUUGUUUACAAUGUAAGCUGAGCAGACGUUCAUUGUAAAAUCAAAUAAAGAUAUGUAUUGUCGGUACUGCUGUUGUUCUGAUCAGAAGUUUUCAGUAGAUCUAAUUAUCAAUAUAAUAAUACACGAUGUAAAAUAUAUUUCCAAAGCAAAACAACUGAAUACUUGAGUAUUUACCGUGAAGGAUUUUAGUUAUUGGUCUAAAAAUAGAUUUUAUCGGCCUAUGAUUUAUCGUUGGACAAUGAUAUGCCGACCAUUACAUUUGAUACAACGUGGUUCAUCAAUAAAAAUAAAUAACACCAGAUGAGUAAAUAUUCCAACAUAUAAAAGACUAGAAUAGUAUUAAACUUUGGGUAGAAUCAUUGACAUAACAUCGACUGACGCAUCGUUUUAUUUUUAGUUUGAGAGAAUACUGUUUAAGAAAUCAUGAACAUUACGUAACGGCGGCAUGGUGUAACGGUUAGAGCCACGGGCCCUCGACCAACUUUUUGCAUAUUAUGGGGUUCAAAUCACGCUCCGAUCAUUUUUAUUUUUUCCAUCAUUAUUUAAGGAACAAUUAUUUUGGGCGCUUAAAUAUUUUAUGAUUAGUAUUUUUACAAAAACAAAAGCUGUAUUUGAGCCAAAAUUGAUAAUACACAUUUUUCUUUUAAGGAUGCCAAUAAAAUGAAGGACCCCGAUAUCAAUUAUCAUGUUGGCAAUGGAUGGACUUCAAGUUGCAUGAUGCAAGUAAUAUGAGAGCAGAGCGAAGAUGCCAUUGAUAUGAGAGAGAAGGGACGGUGCCUGGAUAGUUUUGAAGUGAUAGGAUGCCCGGAAAAGGAGAAUUUCGGUGUGUUGUUUGUUCUAAGAGAACAAAGCCUGGUGACAGACGCUCCACGAAAGGAAAGGAAAACACUACACUGAGAAAAUAUAUGUUAAAGACUUUCAUGAUACAAACAAAAGAAGAAGAUGUUAUUUGUGGAAAAUGUCGCAUGUCAUGUCAUCGUUCAGUUCUACAGCGUCGUACACACAUCGAUCAACAUCCCCCUCCAUUUGAAGCACAUUGUGAUAAAUCUGCAAAGAAAACCCUUCUGUCACCACGGAAUAUAACACUUCCAAUACCAUCCACAGGAAGCAGCCACAAAAAAUGUAUUGUUUGUAAUACCUACCCAAAGAAACUAGUGGUAAUAUCUCGUGACGCAAAAUACAACCUCUUUCUGAGAAAAGGUAUUCUGGUACCUUUUGGAGCAAGAUGUUGUACUCAUCAUAUUGAGGAUGGUUUAUUGGGAAACGAGGCAUGUGAAAACAUCACUUUAAAAAGUGACUUAUCUUCACUAAAUCGUACUGAAAUACUUGCUUUGAUUUCUAACAUUAGAGAUGUAGCAAAUGCCCAACAAAGCAAACGUAUUGAUUUCGACUCACCACAUGCUCUUUCAGAUGAAGAUUUCAUUACCUUAACUGGACUCAGUGUUCAGCAUUUUAAUGAUUUAUGUGUUCACUUUACUGGUUCAGUACGAUCUUCAAAAAACAGGAGCAUUAAAUCAUGUGUCGGGAUCUUUCUUACUAAACUAAAGAGUGGCAUGUCAAACAAGCUUCUAUCAACAGUGUUCAACAUUGGUAAAGAUUCCAUUCGACGUGCAAUAUCAUCGGCAAGGACGGCACUAAUGAAAGACUUUGUUCCACCAAAUCUUGGCUUUCAGCAUGUAAGUCGACAGGAUGUCAUCUCGAAUCAUACAAGACCACUAGCCCAGACAUUGUUUGGAGGACUAAUGGAACCAGCCAUUCUUGUGAUUGAUGGCACCUAUAUUUAUAUUCAAAAGAGUGGCCAGUUCAUGUUUCAAAGAAGAAGCUACAGCAUGCAUAAACACCGUCCAUUGGUGAAACCUAUGAUGUUCGUCACAACAACAGGUUACAUAGUAAGCGUGUUGGGACCUUACUUUGGAGAUUCAAAAAACAAUGACGCCAGCAUCCUGAAUCAGAUUUUAAAUGCUAAUAUUGAAGAGAUCAAGGAGUGGAUUCAGGAAAACGAUGUAUUUGUGGUUGAUAGAGGAUUUAGGGAUUCUCUCGACCUCCUGAAACAACUAGGAAUCCAAACAGAGAUGCCAUCUUUUUCGAAACAAAAACAACAGCACACAGUUGGAGAAAGCAACGCUUCCCGACUUGUUACAAAAAUAAGGUGGGUGGUAGAAGCUGUUAAUGGACGGUUAAAAACCUGGAAAUAUCUGGAUCGUGUGCUGCCUAACUCACAGAUUCCAUACGUUGGCGAUAUCGUAAGAAUUGUGUGUGCAAUUUGCAACAAAUACUGUAAACCAAUUAGCACUGGCGAUGCAGAGACAGACCAACUCAUUGGAACAAAGAUGUUGUAUCUAUCAAGGAAACAGAACGAACUCCAGGAAAGAGUAGACCGAGAUGGUCUUGUCAAUAGACCAAGUAAGUGGCAGAGGAUGGACAGUAGCGACAUUACAUUCCCUGUUAUGACAGAAGAAGACCUGAGGAACUUGACACUCGGUGUGUACCAGUUGAAAUUAGCAAGGGCAUACACACAGGAGCACAUGAGUGACACAGGAGGUUAUGAUGUAUGUGUUUGCAAAGUAGAUGCUAACCUCAUCAGUGCCAAGAUACAGAGCAGACAUAUUAACUCUAAAACGUACCAACUGUGGGUGUUUUUCGAUGAGUGUACUGUGCAGGGAUGGUACUGUAAAUGUCGUGCUGGGGCCAGAGUAGUUGGGACCUGUUCUCAUGUUGCAUCAGUUGUGUGGUAUUUGGGAUUUGCACGUCAUUUGGACAAAACUUUUGACUUUAGCAAGGACUGGACACAAUAUUUACAAGAUGCCAGCCAUACACCAGAGCCACUCAAUGUUGAUGAAAGUGAUGAUGAGGACAACAACACAGAGGAGUGAAGAAGUUUAGGACACACUUCAUCAUUAUUUAUGUUUGAUGCACAUUGUAAUUAUUGAACAGUUCAGGUUAAAUAUUAUUAAUCAUUUACUAAAUGCCUCCACUGCAACUUGUGUUAUUUUUCUUCCAAAAUGUAAACAGUUAUUGAUAUUCAAUUUGUAGUGUUCAUUUCCCUCCAAUAUAUUUCCCAUGUAAGUUCCUUGCUUUCUGCAAUUUCCAUUUCUACUGGCCCGUUUGCACAGAGAAAGACCAUGCGUAUGGUGUAUUACAUUGUUACACACAAUUGUACUUACUUGUGACUCUCAAUAUACAAGGAGACGGUGAUGAUAUUGGCUAAAUUGAGAGCCAUAGAGGGAUAUCAGGGUGGGAGAUAGAAUGUGUGUGUUGUAAAGGG